AUGAGCGUAGCAGUCAAACGCGAACUGAGUCAGGUUGAGUCUUUGAUAAAAGAACUUACUACAACAAGCUUUAAGGCAGAACAACCCACUGUAAACGACAGAGCGACCAAAGAUCUUCGAAACCGCGAUUUACAGCUUGAACUGGAUCUUACUCGCACCAAACUCGAGCUGUUGCAGCUACAGCGAGAGUCCACGCAACAGAGUGUGCCCAAGAUCAACAUCUUGGGCGCAACAGCAACACGUGGUGGUAAUUUUUGUCGCAAACACAACCUUGAAAAGUCUCCAGCAAGACCCAGUUGUUCAAUCUGAGCUCAAAUCUCUCAUGGAUUCCUUAGGAGACCCCAUCUUACUGGGUUUAACCGAAGCGGAACAAGACCCAGCGCAACCGCUGUUUAAGCCCUUUGCUUCGCGAAGUAAACGUCCUCUUCUCAUCCCAGAUUUCAUUAGUUCCCUCCCCUUAGCACUACACGAGGUUAAGGAGACCGUGCUUGGAACCUCUGGCGAUGUUAGGAUUGUAUUAAAAACCGCUCAGGACAAGAAACUCUCUCUUGAAAAAAUCUCAUUCUCACAAUGGUCAGCUGCUAACUUUCGUAUUAUGCAUACUCUCAUGACAGAUGGGUCUCUCUCGUCCUCCCAGGACAUCCUUCAAUAUAUUAUGUAUUUUUCAAAGAUAUCUGAACUAGCAAAGUGUUACCCUUUAUCGAAAGUGAUGCAAUAUGAUGAUUUGUACCCCAGAAUGCAGUUUUCGACAAAAUUUAAAUUGGGUACUGACAGCCAGUUCAUCUCCCGCUAAACUCCACAGACCAGAUCCAACUCCCACACCGCCGCGCCCACGUGCACCUCCCCGCAAAACGUCCCGCCCAGUCCUAAACCCAGCAACAGGGAAGGAAGUUUGCUACGAUUACCAACGACGUGAAGGUUGCCGCUUUGUCUCUUCCUGUAAAUAUGAUCAUGUUUACAUCAAACUGCAUUGCAUGGGAACCCACCCACAAUGGCAGCACCAGUCUGCUACUGCUCAAGAACCAAAUACUAAGCCCACACUCAACUGCAGAUAUUCCUCCGAGUGGUAUUUUGACUACAGAACUAGCAGGAGUUGUCACGAUCACGUUGUUAAAUGCCGGCACUGAUCCCGUCUUAAGGACACCACUUCCCGCAGAGUGUGGGGAAAGUUUACCUAUUCAUGCAGGGCCCUUCUCAGAAUUUAAGCAGCAGUCCCAAGCAGUCAAGGUCUCCACAGACUUAGUUUUUGAGACCUGGGCAACAGAUCUAAACAGUGACCCGGACAUGGACUUUAUCUUGGAUGGUGUUAAGUUCCUUUCUCCUGAUUCAAUGGUUUCACAUGCCUUUACACAUAUCAAUAAGUCUGCUUUGCGGCCUGGAGCUAAAAAUCAAAUUGAAGCGCAAUUAGUCAAAGGUCUCCGAGAAGAUCACUUUGCUAUAGCAGACAAGGCCAACAUGCCCAUUAUCAUUAACGCCCUUGAAGCUGUACCAAAAAAGGACUCUAAUGAAUUACGAAUGAUCAUGGAUUGUAGCCGACCCUGAAUGAUGAAUUCUAACUCAUAUAUGGAUUUAGAACACUACAAGUAUGUUACUGUUGAUGACGCAGCAAAUCUCUGUCAACCUGGUCGUUGGUUGGCAAAAGUUGACUUAAAACAUGCAUACAGAAGCGUUGGCACACACCCCGACGGCUGGCGAGAUACAGGAACGUCGUAGUGCUCCAACGACUCAAAACACCCCACCUACCUCUAUGAUAAGCGUCUCCAAUUUGGAGCUAGGGCCCCACCAAUGGUGUUUAAUUGCCUCGCACAAGCGAUUAUUCGUAUGGUGGCCCGGAGAGGGUAUACUGUGCUGGCAUAUCUCGAUGACUUCGUUAUCAUCGAACCAACCCAAAGUCUCUGCAAAGUGACUUUUGACACCCUGUCUCUCGGCUUCACUGUCAACUGGUCCAAAGUUGUCUACAGCGCUCAAUGUCUGAUUUUUCUUGAAGUUGAAAUCGACACUGUUCAGUUUGAGCUACGUCUCUUAGACGAUCGUGUGUCUGAGUUAUCCCUUCUCGAGGUACCAAGCUCAAAACGCAUAUGUACCAAGCUUCACCUACAACGACUCCUUCGCAAGCUUAAUUUGGCAGCACGUGUUGUUCCGAGGGGGCGCGCAUUUCUGAGGCGUCUUAUUACCUUGGCAAACUCGGUUAAAUGCCCUUACCAUCGCCUCUAUCUAAACAUGGGUAGGUAGGUAGGUAGGUAGGUGGUAGCACCUUUAUUUAAUGAGGGUAACAUAUGACAGUAAACACUGAUGAACUAGUGGCCCUCAGUCGUAAACAAAAUAUUUAGAACUAAUAAAAAUAGACUCGACUAAUAAAAAUUUAAAAAUGCUUCAAGAUAUAAAUCCAAGAGCCGACCUCAGUGGUGGAUCUGCCUCUUACCAGCACACAACUGUAAAACUUUGUUCCCCUCAGCCAUCACAGAACUGUGCUUACUGAUGCCUCUCUGUCUAGCGGGGGGUGCCUAUGGGGAAGAGACUGGAUAUAUGCCAACUGCGCCUUGGAUUACCCAUCUCUUUACUCUCUCCAUAUCAAUUACAAGGAGAUAUUUACCACUGUUUUAGCUGCACACAGUUGGGCACCUUUCUGGUCAGGUCAUCGAGUAAUCAUCAAGACAGACAGUCAGGUGGCCGCAGCCAUUCUAAACAAAGGCUCAACCUGUUGUCCGGUGAUCAUGGACUGGAUUCGUUCUCUGUUUUGGCUUAAGGAGUAUUGCAACUUCAGUUUACUCGUCAAGCAUAUCCCAGGAACAACCAACACCCUACCUGGAUGAAAUGACUUAGAAUCUUACAUGUCCCCCUUGUCUCUUUCUCUCCUUAGAUCCAAGGGAUCAGCAGUAACUUGACCGUGAAGUCACCAAUUUCCGGCGCCAAACAUAUGUACCUACUACCAAGUCCAAGUACGUGAGUCAAAGGCGUGCAAACCUAACGGUUACCAGCGUCUCCCAGCAGCAGCAUUAACCCUUAGUCGCUAUGCAGCUUUUCUGGCAAGGUCACUCUCAGCAACCUCCUUCCAGCUUAUAUAAAUGCGGUUCGCCUUCUACACCUGGAACAUGGUCUGACUGACCCAUCCAAAAACAAUUCUCAGUUGGCAACUACACUUCGAGGAAACAAGCGUCUAAAAGGUUUAACAGUGUCCCAAAGGAAACCAUUACACCCCAUUUCCAAUUAG